UUAAAGAUGCGCACACCUCCAUCCUCAUAACCCACCGCUAUGUGAACGCCAUCAGGAGAAGGACACAGGUCUGUGCGUUUUCUACACGGAUCGACAACAUUGCUACUGCCCCUACUGCAUUCCCGGAAGUGAUGAUUUUUGUCCUCGUGAAUCAGCUGAUCAGGAAACUCGCUGAAUGUUGCAAAUACGAUGUGUUGACCACAAGCAGCUAAAAUCACAUUUUAACAAUGGCUAAUUUAAAAGCGGAAGCACUGGAAAAUGACAGUGAUCUUUAACGGAUUAGUUGGCGCUAAUGUGGUUUUGUUUGUGCAGUAGGAAGGACUCAAUAGCUGCAUCAUAGGACAUCUGUUCAAAAUUGCCUAGUGAAGCUACAGCAUGGAUCCCUUGGGAGCUCGUUCCCAGUUUGUGGAGGUCCAGAACCUCCCCACGUGGGACCAGCCUCAGGGUGUCCAGGACGAGGUGGAUGGAGAAAACCUCUUAAUGGAGGAAGAUGACCAGCUGACCAAUCAGCUCAAUUCCUUAGAGUCCCCUUUCCCCUUCAGACAAGACAUCAACAGCAAGAUUGUACUAUUUAAUGGAGAUGUGGCACUUUUAAACUGCACUGCAAUCGUCAAUACAAGUAAUGAGACACUAACGGACAAGAAUCCUGUAUCAGACAGUAUCCACAGAUACUCUGGACCUGAACUAAGGGAUGAAUUACUCAAACUGAAAGGAUGUCGGACCGGUGAGGCAAAAAUGACAGAGGGUUUCAACUUGGCUGCACGCUUUAUCAUUCACACAGUUGGACCCAAAUAUAAAGCCAAGUACCGGACAGCUGCGGAGAGUUCUCUUUACAGCUGUUACAGAAAUGUCAUGCAGCUUGCCAAGGAACAUGCCAUGGCAUCUGUGGGGUUUUGUGUGGUCAGCACAGUCAAAAGGGCAUAUCCACUGGAGGACGCCACGCAUAUAGCAUUAAGGACUGUUCGUAGAUUUCUGGAGAACCAUGGUGAAAACAUUGAGAUGGUGGUGUUUGCUGUUUCGGAUGUUGAGGAGCCAGUGUACAGGAAGUUAAUGCCUUUGUAUUACCCAUGUUCAAAAAAAGAGGAGAGGAUUGGUCUGCCUCUCCUCCCUGCCGACAUUGGCAAUGCUGAGGGGGAGCCCGUGGUCCCGGAGAGACAGAUUCGCAUUGCCGAAAAGCCAGGAAAUCUAGAGGAUGACUCCGGGGAUGACUCACUAGAGUCCGACCUGGGUUUGUUUGCAUGUAUGUAUGUAUCAAAUUCUUUACAUCACUGCAAAUUGCUUAGAGGUGAAGUCUUAGUUCUUGUUGUCUUUCUUCACAGCUAUAACCGCUGGCUUUGCAGAGCUCGAGCAGAGGACCUUUCAGACAUAGCAGCGUUAAAAGCACUAUAUCAGACCGGUGUCGAUUUGUGUGGUAGGACGGUCAUGGUUGUUGUUGGCAGGAAUAUUCCAGUUACACUUAUUGAUAUGGAGAAGGCUUUGCUGUAUUUCAUCCACGUGAUGGACCAUAUCACGGUGAAGGAGUAUGUGAUGGUGUAUUUCCACACACUCACCGGUGAACACAACCACCUGGACACCGACUUUCUCAAGAAGCUUUAUGAUAUUGUGGAUGCCAAGUUUAAGAAAAACCUGAGGGCUAUCUACUUUGUUCACCCGACGUUCCGCUCCAAGGUCUCUACUUGGUUCUUCACGACGUUCAGUGUAUCAGGCCUUAAAGAGAAGGUCCAUCACAUAGAGAACCUACAGCAGCUCUUCACCUGCAUCCUACCUGAGCAGAUUGACAUCCCUCCUUUUGUCCUGGAGUAUGACACACGGGUUAACAGCCCCUAUUACACGGCUCAGUCCUCAGGCCUGUGAUGGUGUUAGAUAAACCCAGAACCGAGGAAAGGACCUGCCUCUUUUCACCGGGCCGAUACUCAACCCGAUGACCCCGACUCUGAUGUGAACAAGAUGAACGCAGUCAAAAGUACAUCUUUGCCGUGACAGUGAGAGACUGUCAAUCAAUAAUGCUGUAUAAACACAUCCUGCUGAAACCUGCUGAACGUGCCACAGACCUGUACCAAACCCAGAUGUCACCGAAGGAACCGCCUGCCUGACCCAAGCUGUUUUUGAACAAGGUAUGCGUGUGUGGUGUAGAUGAAGAGACUGAAUGUGAAACACAUGUACCAGUGUCUGCGUGAAUAAUGGCUGGAAAUAGCCGAAACCAUUCGGGUUUUAAUUUCUUAUGUCCUUGGCCAUCCAAUCAUCUGAAAGCCUCAUAUUUUCCUGCCUAAACUGUUUUGUUGUUUCAUGUCAUUCUGUGUCUGCAAAGUCACUAAAAGGAGCAGCGUUUUGCUUUUAUCUUGAUUCUCUUUUUUUUCCACCACAAGCACUUUUACAGCUUUAACUGAGGUGUCAAACAACCAUCACUACAGUUUCUUGAGGUUUGACAGGAAGCAGCUUUUCCUCGUGUGUGAAGGGAUGUGCUUUCACAAAGAUUGGUUUGUGCAGCUCUAAAAUCAGGUUGGCCUGUUGAGAUUUCUAUUAGCCUUUUAAUAAUAGUAUUUUCUUCUGUUCCUUUAAAUAUGGUACAUCACUGUUCUGGAAGCUUCACCUGAGGUACACUAAAAUCUUGCAGUGCGCCAGAUUGUAUUUCAUUUGAAGCAGAUUUACAAGCAUGGCCGAAGGAAUGUCACAGACAGAGAGCUGAUCUCAGAGUGAAGCACUGUAAAUAGAUAAUUGUAGUUACUGCAGAUGCUGUCUGGUAUUAUUAAUUCUGGGUUUUCUUUUGUUUGUUUUUUUGUCAGCCCUUAGUGUAGCUGUGCAGUGAUUCUUGUGUUAAAUUUCGUACCAUUUUAAAUGAAGUAUGACGUAUGAAUUAUGAAAGGAAUAUUUGAAUAAACAGAAUAUGAACAUUUGAUGUUAUCAUUAAUCUUUGUUUGGGCGUCUUUAUUGAAUGAUUUUGUUUAAUUACGUAUAAUCGAGUGUGUUUUCAGUUUGAAAGCCUUUUGAAAUG